AUGUCAUAAAGAAUCACUGGUCCACAUUGUCAGGCCAUUGUGGAACAGGUUUAUGCUCAUUCUCGAGCGGCAGUAAGGCGGGCGAGACCAUUAUGGGCGAGACCGAUUAACGGAUCCGUACCCGGAAGUGGGUGGUUGAGUCACCGACUGGUCACUACAGAUACUGCCUGCUGGGAUGAGGCAAAGAACCGGAGAAUCGCAGAGAUUGAUAGAAAUCUGAGAAAAAGAAAAUCUCAGACAUAAUUGAUCACACUAAAACACACGGCGCUGCCGUAUUAUUAAUGACCUUGGCAUAAACGGUAGAAAUAACACCUCGCCAAAAUGAUGGAAGAGAUACCGGUAGAUAGAUUUCAGGUGCCUAGCGCUGUUCAGGCGGAGAUGCAGCCGCUUGACCCGGCAUCGUCCACGGCUUCUUCUUCGGAGGCAGACUCAGACACGAGGGAGGGCGAGCCAGUCACUAUUAACUACAAGCCCUCUCCUCUGCAGAUGAAGAUAGAGAAACAGCGAGAGCUGGCCAGGAAGGGAUCACUGAAGAAUGGCAAUGCAGGAAGUCCAGUGAACCAGCAGCCCAAGAAGAACAAUGUCAUGGCCAGAACACGGCUGGUGGUGCCCAAUAAGGGCUACUCCUCCUUAGACCAGAGCCCUGAUGAGAAGCCCCUGGUGGCCCUAGAUACAGACAGUGACGAUGACUUCGACAUGUCCAGAUAUUCCUCAUCGGGAUACUCCUCAGCCGAGCAAAUCAACCAGGACCUGAAUAUCCAGCUGUUGAAGGAUGGUUACCGGCUGGACGAGAUCCCUGACGACGAAGACCUGGACCUGAUCCUGCCCAAAUCUGUCAACCCCACCUGCAUGUGCUGCCAAGCCACCUCCUCCACCGCCUGUCAAAUCCAGUAGCCCACACAUCUGUGAGUUUACUCUGCCAUUAGAGCGGCGACAGAGAGCAUUGAUAGAAUAUGAUAAUUAUAUGAAAACAAAUAAUCAACUUAUCGGGCAGAAAGUUAAAUGUAAAAAGAAAAAAUAGAAAAAAAGGAAAAUUAAGACAAACAAAAACAUUUAAAAUACGACUAACAGUGAUUACUUCCUCCUAUGGUAGGACAUGCACUUCUGUUUGUGUUUGAGAUCUGGGAGGAGACACACUAGUCUAGGCCUCUCUGAUGCCUCUUCCUGGUCAAUAUUGUGUAAUACAAGCAAAAAUAAAAACAAGGUCAUUUGAUUUAAAAUAUCAUUUUCAUGUCCCUAAAUAGGAAAUAUUAUCUUAACUGCUGGUGAUAAAGCUGCUCUGCUUACUUGACUUUGUCAUAUUUAUUGCGUUUUAUUUAGUUCAUUUUUGUAGUUAUAUACUUUUUAUUUAAAGGAUCUGUAUGAUUGUAUGUACUGGGGUGUGUUGUAAAGAUGAAUAUCUGGUAUCUGAUACUGUAAUUUGGUCCUGAAAGCAGGGUUGUCUAGCACCGGCCUGUCUAGCAGACUCAUUCAGUCUACCUUGACACUCUUGCCCUGUUUCUUAUUGUACUGGUUGGAGGUAUUUAUGGUUUUUAGGAAUGAAUGCAUUGCAAAGGGAUGACAUUCAUGAUGAGCACCUACUGUAAAGGGAUUGGGAAAUGUAUCUGAAUUGGCUGUUUGUUCCCACAUCUUACACAUUCUGCUACUUUGUCCAUUCUUCAUUGAUUUAUUACAUUUGAAUGUGUUAUUCUUGCACAUUUGAGUUUGUUUGGGUUCUAAGGUAAUAUGUGUAUGGUGAUUAAGGUGAUUGCUAACCUGCGAUGACCCUUAUUCAAGAGGAUGAUACAGCACUCUAUCAUUGGACUCAUUCUACAACACAAUACUUUUCCAGUUUGCUUACACAAUUCACCCCAGUAGAGGCCAAAGGGAACAAGUGGUUUUGUUAAGUAAAAGUAUAAGCCAACUUUAGAUAGCUUUUUGGAUACAGGCUGUUGACAUCCUACCAUGCCCCUCCCACAAUGUGUCUAACUAACCACUCCUGCUAUCUUGAUUGGCACAAUCAUUCUAAAUAGUGUCAAUAGAGCAGACACGCAGCAGGGGGUGGCAUGCAGUUUAUUUUCCUCUCGUGAUUGGUUGGAAAGUGAUCAAAGGAUCAUAAGUAUCAUUAACUUUGAGUACUAAUCCCUCACUGAGUCCUUCACUCGACCACCUCAGAGUUGAUUUGCGAUUAGAGUAUGCCUUAAAGUAAAGAAUAUUCAAACAAAAUGUGUGUAUUUAUUGCCAGUCUCAUGACCUAAUGUAUUUUAAAGGGAUUUGCAGUAUGAAUGUACGCAUUUAAUUUUUUCCAGUUAGACAGGUGAUUAUUAUUAUUUAUUUUACUAUUGUGUUCUCAUGUAGACACUUACAUUCUAGUAUUUAACAAUGUUACUGUCCUGUGUAGUGUAUAACAUCAAUAAACACAAAGCCAACUGAACCUGC